CGCCCCAUGAUGUUCCCAACAGCUGACAGACGGCGAGAGCGUCUACGAGAGCCGUCGGCGGAGUGUCUUCUAGUCGCUAGCCCGAACGGACUGGAAAUACAGGUCGAGCUGAGCAGCGCGUCGCCGCCCCGAGACGCCGUCGAGCAUCUACUUACGGAUGGAAAUAGAACCCGCUUCCACUUGAUCCAUUCUCCGUCCGGAUCGGGAGCUGGUGGCGGACACCCGCGCGUCGGCUAACUUCCACGACAGGUCGCUACGUCGCCGGACGCGGUGCAUGUGUUCCGUGUGAGCCGACCCGUUUGACUCCAGCCCUCAACCCCAGCCGUGCCCGAUGCCGAGGAAUGGAUAGUGUGUCUGCCAGCGGUGGGAAGAUGGUCGAGAGUGAUGAGCGGCCGGAGAGCGAGAGCGGCGGCGGCGGCGGCGGCGCGGCGACGGCCGCGCUCCAUCAGUGCGAGCUCAUCCAGAACAUGAUUGACAUCUCCAUCUCCAGCUUACAGGGGCUGCGGACCAAAUGCGCCGCGUCCAACGACCUCACGCAGCAGGAGAUACGCACUUUGGAGGUGAAGCUGAUGAAAUACAUCUGUAAACAGCUGCAGUGCAAGCAGAAGGUGCCGCAGAGCGAGAGGCCCGAGGCCCUGGACAGCUACCCGCGCCUACGCGACUGGCUGCGCACCAUCAACCUGCGGCCGGAGCUCAUCCAGGCAGUUGAAGCCAAGCUGUCCCUCGAUGCCUUACUGCAGAUGACCGGUGCUCAGGUGAGGGACACAAUGCGAAGACUCGGGUCCAGCUCGGAAGAAUGUGGCCGACUCAGCGCCGCCCUCUCCUGUCUGAAGAGCGCCACUGAAUCAGGUGGCGAGCUGAGGGAGGACGGCGGCCCGUGGCUGUCGGAGCCGGCCAGGAGGGACAGCGGCUCCCUGCUGAGCGCGGACCCGCUGCCCAGCCUCGGGACCCCGCUGCGGCCCCACAGCCCCUCGCCCCUCGCCCGCCCCUCCACCAUCCACUCCACCCCGUCCACGCCCUCCGCCACCUUCCCUCACCCGCGCUCGGGCUCGGUGUCGGCGGCGCCCACGCCCGAGGCGCUGGCGUCCUGCGGCCACGGCGACAGCCCCCACACGGACCCCUUCCCCAUGUCGCUGGCGCGCGCGGCCCUGCUCCACGGACACGCGUCCACGCCGCCGGUGACGCCGCCGUCCAAGAGGCGCCACCGCCUGAAGCCCCCCUGCACGCCGCCGCCCCCCUCCCGCAAAGUGCUGCACCUGCUGCCCAGCAUCGCCCUGACGCGCAGCAAGAGCCACGAGUCCCAGCUGGGCAACCGCAUCGAGGACCCGCCCACAAACAACGCGCCUGAACUCCCUCCUCGCAGGUGUGCUAAGAAGAACAAGCUGUUCCUGAAUAUGCAAGUCAACGGCAACGGGUGCGAGGAGCCGCCGGCGCCGCCGCGCCACCCGGCCGCGCCGGCGCGCACCCCGGGGGGCACGCCGGCGCCCCCCCCCUACACCCUGCCCGGCACGCCCACUCUGAUGGAGGAGCACGGCGCCGUCAAGAAUAAUGUAGCAGUGCAUCGCAGCUCCCCGCAGGCAGUGAGGAGGGACAUAGGCCUCCCAGUCACACACAGGUUCUCCACCAGGUCCUGGUUGUCGCAGACGUGCCAGGUGUGUCACAAGAGCAUGAUGUUUGGAGUCAAGUGCAAACACUGUCGGUUAAAGUGCCACAACAAAUGCACCAAGGAGGCCCCGUCCUGCCGGAUCUCCUUUCUGCCCAUCGCCAAAAUCCGGAGGACCGAGUCGGUCCCGUCUGACAUAAACAACCCGGUGGACCGGCCCCCGGAGGCGCCGCAGUUUGGCACGCUACCGAAGGCCCUCACCAAAAAGGACCACCCUCCGGUGCUGAACCAGCUGGACUCCAGCAGCAACCCGUCCUCCACCACCUCCUCCACGCCGUCCUCCCCGGCGCCCUUCCAGCAGAGCAACCCCCCCAGCGCCACUCCGCCCCCCAAUCCGUCGCCCAAGGGCCACCGGGACAGUCGCUUCAACUUCCCCGCCGCCUGUUACUUUCAGCACAGACAGCAGUUUAUCUUCCCUGAUGUCUGUAGUCCUGCUAAUUUGCACACUGACGUCCUUCAGGACACCGUCAGUGAAAUAGAACAAUCAGCUGAUGACAUCCACACUGAGCUCAUCGAAGACGAGGACGAAGCGGACGGGGAGGAGGAAAUAGACGUGGAGGAGGACGACGCAGAAGCCGAGGAGGAGGACGAGGAGGACGGCGAGGACGACGACGGGGAGGACGAGGACGGCGGCGGGGAGAUGCGCAUGAACAUGGGCUCCGACGGCGAGCUGGAGGGCGACGAGCUGGACGACCUGCCCAGCUCCCGGGGGAACCAGUGGAAGGGCCCCAUCUACCGCAAGCCCAGCCAGACCAGCGUCUACCUGCAGGAGUGGGACAUCCCCUUUGAGCAGCUGGACCUCGGGGAGCUCAUAGGAAAGGGCCGCUGGGGCAAGGUGCACAAGGGCCGGUGGCACGGCGAGGUGGCGAUCCGGCUGCUGGAGAUCGACGGCAACAACCAGGACCACCUGAAGCUCUUCAAGAAGGAGGUGAUGAACUACAGACAGACGAGGCACGAGAACGUGGUCCUCUUCAUGGGCGCGUGCAUGGCUCCGCCCCACCUGGCCAUCAUCACCAGUUUCUGCAAAGGCAGGACGCUGUAUUCUGUCGUCAGGGACACGAAGAACACGUUGGACAUUAACAAGACGAGACAAAUCGCUCAGGAGAUCGUGAAGGGGAUGGGCUACCUGCACGCCAAAGGCAUCGUUCACAAGGAUCUCAAGUCCAAGAACGUUUUCCACGACACCAAUAAAGUGGUGAUCACCGACUUCGGGCUCUUUGGGAUCUCGGGGGUCGUUCAGGAGGGGAGGCGCGAGAAUAAGCUAAAACUGCCGCACGGGUGGAUUUGCUACCUGGCUCCAGAGAUCGUGCGCAAGAUGAGCCCGGGUAACAACGAGGACCGCCUGCCUUUUUCCACCGCGGCGGACGUGUACGCCUUCGGCACCAUUUGGUACGAGCUUCAGGCCAGAGACUGGCCGAUCACCAACCAGCCCGUGGAGGCCACCAUCUGGCAGGUGGGGAGCGGAGAGGGCAUCAGGAAGGUCCUGGCCGAGAUCAGCCUGGGGAAGGAGGUCACCGAGAUCCUCUCGGCCUGCUGGGCCUACGACCUGAGGGAGCGGCCCACCUUCACCCAGCUGGCCGACAUGCUGGAGAAGCUGCCCAAGCUCAACCGCAGGCUGUCCCACCCGGGCCACUUCUGGAAGUCUGCCGAGUUGUAGCCGUCGCUCUGAGACACAAACAAUGCAAAACAAAGCCCGGGUCUGCCUUGCAUGCUCCUGAGUCUAACUGUUACAGGACUGAUCAAAGCGCUGCCUCUGCCUGAAACAGACACUGCUUCCACUAAUCCAUAGUCCGAUCUUCCGUGUCUAACCGUUGCGUUUUCCUGCUGGGCCGAGGGGACCGGUGGGCUGAGGUGCGCGGCCGGGGGGUGACGGAGGUCGCUCCUCCCACGCUUUACCUACGUCAUCUAAUAUCUCUCUGCCUUUCCUCUUGGGCUGUGGUCUGUAAUGUCGCCUGGGACUCUGAGGCUUGUGGUCUGUUGCUGAUGAUGAUGAUGAUGAUGAUGAUGAUGAUGAUGAUGAUGAUGAUGAUGAUGAUGAUGCAUUGGCCGGCUCACCGUCUCUGUGCUUCUGUGAUGUGCUUGUUCCUGCCGGGGCCCUGACCACACAGCAGUUUUUUGUCUCUGACUACACACACACAAACGGACACACACCAAGCAGGAACACUGUUGGACAUGAAAUGGGCCCCGCCACCACAUGGACCUAUCCAUUCAUCUGUGGUUUCGCUGAGGCUCGUCUCCUGUCAGAGCCCACGUCUAGACACGAUAUGCACUUUGUCCACGGGAGGAAACCAACCAUAAACUUUUGUUGUUGCUGUUGCUGUUGCUGUUGUUGUUGUUGUUGUUUAGUUUGGCUUUGAAUAGUCAUAUCUGCAGUGUUUCCUUUUUCCUCCUCAGAAGGGUCUUUAGUCGUCCGUCGCCCUUUUUUAAACCUAAAGUAACAGUUUGUUCGAUAUCACGUUUGGGAACGGGGCACUGACAUGAACAGAACGCAGCGAAACGGCGUCUGAACCCGAUCCGCUCGGGAUCAGACUAAACGCUGGCUGUCGGUGUCCGUUCAUGGAAGUGUAAAGUGCACUUUAUAAGAACACGAGUUCCUUCAUUCUCUGCGCAAAAAAAAAAAGAUAAUCAGGAACCUGGCGCAAAAGUGUCCUAUAUCUUCCUCGAACAUUACCUCUUGUGUGUGCUUAUAUUUAUGUGCUGUGUUGAGUGUGUGUGUGCGUGUGUGUGUGUGUUGUGUUGGGCAUAGGGUUGGUGAAAGAGCGUUACUGUUGCGUCGCAAAAUCCAGUAGUAUGUAAUGUACAUACAUUAUUUAAUGUAUAGCAAAUUAACACGAUUCUUCUAAUAUUUGUACAAACAUUUUAUAUGUAAAGUACAUCACAACAUUUUAGGUACUGCUAUGGCUAAAACAGAUGCAUAUAUAUUUAUAUUUUUUUCCGUGUACAAAGUACUGUAAAAAAAGCUGUACAAUUUUUUUUUAGAAUGGGCCAAUACAUGUUUUUUAUGUUACUGUAAAAAUUCAUAUUUUUGUAUUGCAUGUGUUUACCAUUCUGUACACACAGUUUCUGUUUUCAUCCACGGGAGACAAUAAAAGGAGGCUUGUCAUGUAAA